CUCCACGUUUACUCCAAGUACUGCUCUCUUCUAUGAAUCUACUGUAUGCUGCGAAUGAUCAAAAUGAUAUUUCAUAGAAAAUGAAAACACUUGAGAGGUGAACCUGUCUUCUUCAUCCUCAGACUUCAUCAUGCAGAUGGUGGAACACAGCCAGGACACAGUUGUUAAGCCAGAGAGGUCGCACAAAUGCAGUUUUCUUUGCCUUGGUCGUCUGACCUUCCACGAGCAAGCCCUGGGAGACAUGGUCCACCUGAGUCAAGGGUGCCGACAUGCAAAAAGGUCCAACAGCACCUUCAAGAACGGCCUGGUGUUCAGCAGCCGCCCCGUGAGGGUCCAGGAGCGGAUUCGCCUAUGGGUUGCGGAAGACGUUGCUAACUGGCAUGGAGCCAUGCGGCUGGGCUUCACCAAUGUGCCGCCGGAAGACAGAUCUCAGCCCCUGCCUUGCAUGGCUGUGCCUAUCCUCACUGACACCCCAGGGCACUGGGCUGCCCCCGUGCAUGAGACCUACUGUCAAGCGGGUUCAGAACUGGAGUUCUGGGUGUCUCAUUCUGGCAGGGUGUAUUUUUCAAACCACAGUGGCCGUCGGCAUGAGUUAUUAAGAGGAGUCGACCUCAGCCGCCCUCUGUGGGCCAUGAUUGACAUUUAUGGACAGACGUGCGCCAUUGUCCUUCUGGGUUCAAAGAAAAAGGCGCGAUUCUACACCAAGAGGUCCUGUAAGAGUCUCACCUCACCCAUGUCUGACACCGACUCUUUGAUUUCUGAUGACUCAAUUCCCUGUCUCAACCUGGAAGUGACCACAGAUGGGGGAGAACAGAUGACCUGUGUGGUGUGUAUGAGCCAGGAGGUCAACGUCUCUCUGCAUUGUGGCCACCGCUGCUUGUGUCGCACUUGCGCUGGCAGGGUCUUUAAACAGUUUGGCACGUGUCCCCUGUGCAGGAAGAGCAUGAGGUGGCCAUUGGGGGCUGGGCCACCCAGGUGAAAGAAGCCAGAGGAUGACCAGAGCAGAACUUCUGACAAACCGUGAUAUGCACAUAAGCUAAUUGCACUUAAAAAAAAAAAAAAAAAAAAAAAAUAUAUAUAUAUAUAUAUAUUUAUAUAUUUGAAUGAUGUGGAUUGUUUGUAUUAUUUAGGUGAUCUGUUUGUUUAAAUUAAGAAAGCUGAUCUCAUUUUGUACUGAUAAUCAUGUUAGAUAAGUAAUUGUGUUUUUAUAUGUCCAUUUUCUCA